AUGCCUCUCAUUAAAGAUCACCUAUCGUUCCGAAUAGCCCUCCUACCAGGGGAUGCACAUGGCUCACAACUUGCAUCAUGCGCUGAACAACUUGUGAAUUUAAUCGAACACAUUCGUCCAGAUAUCGCAUUCCAGAUAUCCCGACAUGAUUUCGGAGGCGUAGCGUUAGCAGCAGGCCACCAAAGCGCCCUGCCAACCUCCACUCUAGAAGCAUGCCGCCAGUCUGAUGCUGCAGUCGUGUGUGCAUGUGGUGACCUUAAGUACGGCAUUCAGCCAGAACAGGGACUGCUGGCGCUUCGACAAGAACUCGGACUCUUUGCCAAUAUCAGACCUGUAAAGUUUCCGUCUGACUCGCUUAUACCACUGAGUUCUUAUAAGCCGGAGGCAGUUGAGGGUCUUGACAUAACAUUUUUCCAAGACUUGACGGGUGGUGCCUACUAUGGGGAGAAGCAAGAAGCGGGAGAGAACGGUGAAGCAUAUGACACCACUAGCUACUCUCGUUCUGCCAUUGAGAAACUGGCGAGGCUGGCUGGUACGUAUGCAAUGCAGUUCAACCCACCAAAGCGAGUUCACUCGGUCGACAAAGCCAAUGUCAUGGCGACUUCACGAUUAUGGAGAUCUGUUGUCAUCGACGUCUUCAGUCAUGAGUACCCUCAAGUGCAGCUGGACCACAUUCUGGUUGACAACGCAGCUAUGGUCUUGUCAUCAAAACCACAGGACCUGAACGGUAUAAUCCUGAUGGAGAACAUGUUUGGAGAUAUCCUGUCAGAUCAAGCUAGUGGUAUACUCAAGUCUCCAGAUGUUCUGGCAUCAGCAGCUGUGUCUACCAUCUAUGGUAAUGGCAAAGCACCUGGUGUCUUUGAGCCAUUCAACCUCAAGCCAAGAGAAAGUGAAGUGAAUCCGCUUGGUAUUAUCCAAGCCGUCGGGUUGAUGCUUGAGCUGUCCCUGGGCCUGAAGUCAGAGGCUGCGGCCUUAUCAAAAGCUAUCCGACGAACUCUUGAUCCUAUCGACCAAGUUGGAUCGGACACGAGGACGACCGACCUGGGUGGAACAGCAUCACCACAGGAGUUCAUGGAGACCCUCUUGCAUAAUUUUGACUACUAUUUGGAGGCUCUGAACUCAGCCGACGCUGCAGCUCUCCCGGUAUUCAUUUCUCCACCUUCAUCGCCAGGGCUCACCACGGAUAUCCGACCCAUGGGAGUCAUCGAGAAGAUCUUGACACAUGCUGGCAUAGGCCUCAGCAAACCAUACGUCGAGACGGGAGACAUGAUCUGUGUAAAAGUCGAUUGGACGCUAACAUCCGAGCUCCUCUGGGGCGGUAUGGAAAAGACCUACAACCAAAUGGGACGACCCCGGCCAUUUCGUAAUGAUCGUCUCUGGCUUGCCGUGGACCAUACCGUUGACCCACGCACAAACCAUCAACCUCGACAAAAGGGUCUGAUCGCUAAAGCCGAGCGUUUCAGACGAGAGGCCAAAAUUAUUGACUUUCUUCCUGCCAAUACGAGCAUUAUGCAUACUGAUUUUACUCGUGAGCGUGCUCAGCCUGGUCGUGUCGUUGUUGGGAGCGACUCGCAUACGUGUUCAGCGGGAAGCAUGGGUUCCUUCGCUGUUGGCUUUGGAGCAGCCGAUGUUGUCAUGCCAAUGGUCACCGGCGAAACUUGGUUUCGUGUACCUGAAGUUUGUAGGAUCAACUUCGUGGGAAAGCUGCCUUUUGGUGUCGGUGGAAAGGACGUUAUUCUUCAUAUACUCGGACUCUUCAAGCGCAACACUAUUGCCUUUCAGCGAGCUGUUGAGUACGGCGGCCCGGGUCUCAAAGAGUUAUCUAUGGAUGCUCGCUUCGCCAUCGCCAACAUGACGACCGAGUUUGGGGGCAUGGGCACUUGUUUCGAGGCUGACGAAGAGACUUCGGCAUGGAUCGCACGUCGAAAACUCCCGGAGCACCGCGAAGGUGGCCUCUUCUUCCAAGCCGACCCAGACGCUCAAUAUGUCGAUAUAAAGACUAUUGACCUCGCGGAAGUCCGUCUCACGAUGGCGCUGCAUCCGAAUCCGGACGAUGUUGUUCCGAUCCAUGAAAAUGUCGGCAUGAAGCUAGAUGGAUGCUUCAUCGGUGCCUGCACAACAACAGAAGAGGACCUCAUCGUCGGCGCUUUGGUCCUUGAGGCUGGCCUGUAUGCAGGUAUGCGACCAUCUCGACACGGAAAACGCCGCGUCACGCCAGGAAGUCUAAUCAUCAUCAAGAACCUUGACAAGCAUGGUCUACUAGAUAUUUACAGACAAGCUGGCUUUGAAGUUGGCGCCCCUGGCUGCUCCUACUGUGUUGGGAUCAAUGAUGUUGAUGUUGCUGGCGAGGGAGAGGUUUGGCUGUCCUCUCAAAAUCGCAACUUUAGAAACCGAAUGGGCAAGGGAAGUUUUGGCAACAUCACUUGCGCAGCUGCUGUAGCUGCCUCGAGCUUCGACAUGGUAGUCACGGAUCCCAAGUUUCUGCUUGAUCAGUUGGAUAGUGCAAAACUUGAGCGGCUUGUUAGUGGAGGUAGGUCAAGCGGACCUCAACCAUCGUUGCGGAUUAGUGAGCCGGCGCCUGAGAUAUCUUCAGAGUCCGUACCUGUUCUCCUCAGCAGCAGCGAAUCUGAUGUCAGGGCAACUACUCCAAGGAUCAUUCGAUCAAAGCUGCAGCGAUUCGGAGAGAAUGUUGAUACUGAUGCAAUUAUCCCUGCUGAGUUUAUGCCAGGAGUGGACAAUGCCGAUCUCGGAAGCCAUUGUUUCCAGUACUUCCGUCCCGAGUUCAGGGACAAGGUAAAAAAUGGUUCAACUGUCAUUGUUGCCGAACAUGGCUUUGGCAGUGGAUCUUCACGUGAGGACGCCGUGAGAGCCCUUCAGGGAGCAGGUGUCGAGGCAGUAAUAGCAAGGGGAUUCGCCUUUAUCUAUGAGAGAAACCAACUUAACAUGGGAUUAUUCAGCAUCAAGCUCCAAGACCCGAGGUUCUACGAGCUUGCGCUGGAAGGCUCUGUCAUCACCAUCAACAAAGAUAGCAAGACCAUUCAAAUUGAAGGCUCAGAUACGGUCUUUCACUAUCUGCAGUCAGAAGUUGAGGAAGCUCUUAUCGAGUCUGGCGGCGUCCUUCCAUUGUAUAGCAAGCUUGGGAAAGGAGUAUUUCGACAUCUGACGGCUCCUAAAGCCAAGGGAGGAAAGAGAGUUGGACAUGGCAAUGUUCCUGGUUCUGUGAGUAGCAGAGCAAGUACAGAUAUAUCAUGGUAG